AACUACACGAAGAAGUAGUAAACGGAAGUGAACAGUGAUCAAGAACAAUUUCCACGUUAGCGGUUUUUUGUUAUUUAGACAUUUAUUAACACCCUGGAACUCAAAAUAGGAUUAAUUUAACUGCACAGCAUAAUUUAUGUAUCCCUGGUAGUGUUUAAUUUGCGUUGAAGACAGUACUUGGUUGAUAUAGGUGAUAUAGUUCAUGAUAGUUAGCUGCUAACGUUAGCUAACAAUGGCUACCUGUAACUCAAACGUUAUGAUUUUUCACACUCAAAUAGCCUCCGUCAUGGAGGUACUAGCGAAUGCGGCCGUUGCAGAGAUCUGUAAACUCGUAGACGACGACUAUGCAGUGUUUCGUUUAGAAAUAACUCAAAGCCAGAAAGAAAACAGGGCAUUGCGGAGGAAACUACAGCUAAUUGAACUGAAGGUGGCACGGGAGCGCGCCGAGAGGACAACGCGAGAGCGCGUCUUCGCCAGUCGUCCCAGUAGUGUCAAGGUCCUCGACCGAUACAGAGGAAUGACAAGAGGUGAAGGACAUCUCACUGGAGGCCACAGGAGCUUUGUGAAACCAACGGGACACAAAACAUGGAGAGAUGACCAACCCAUAGCUAUAGAUGAGGGGAGUGGAACCUCAAACCAGCAUGUUAUCCUGAUAGAGUCUGCAGAUGCAGAGGCUGCUAGUCCUGGAGGAUCGUCUCUGGUCAAACAGGAGAGGACUGAAGGAGAGGAGGACCCACGACACAGCAAAGCCAUCCAGAUUGGAGCGGUUGGAGUGGCACCCCCUGUAGCCACGGAGGACUUCGCCUCCGCACCCCAUCCUGGGGCCCAAUGUAGCAUCACGGAGGAGGAGGGGGGUCCAGAAGUGCUGCUGGUGAAGGAUGAGGGUCUGGGGAACCCUGAGGGGGAGGACAACCAGACUACACCUCCUCCUGAACCCACAGAGGAACCAGCUGAGCAGCACAGGACCACACACAGUCUCACUGAGUCAGUAGACAUGGAGGAUGGGAAGCCUGAUCUGCUGCUGGUCAAAGAGGAGACAAUAGAAGAUGAACCAGAGAGCAUUGACCUGCUGAGUGGUCUAAAGAUGGGGGAGCAAGGUGAUUGGCUGGAGGCUAACAGAGGGGACUGGGCAGCCCUUUUGAAUUCCCAGACCCAGACUGGUGUAGCCAAGGGCCCAGGGGACAACAUCACUGAGCAGGGCAGAACCAGAGGCGACAUGGUGGAAGUCAGUGGAUGGGACAGCAUCUUCAACUCUGGACUUGGGAACAACACUGUUAACCAGAAACAGACAUUCGAACACAAAGCAACAGCUGAACUUAGUCUCUAUGACGACAGACUGUCUGAGACCAGGGAGAGGGGUAGAUUUGGUCUGCAAGGACGGGGGCGUGUCCGUAUGCAGCGGGAGAGAACAGACACAGACUCGGCUAGCGAUGCUCCGUCCUGCUCCUAUAGUUGUGAUUCAGACAGACUGAUGGCACCUCAGGUUAACCCCCUAAAAGGUGCAGCCUUCAGCCUGCCUUCUAUAGGAUCUAUCAACUGGAACAUGGACCCUGCAAAAACACAGACACUCCCUGGCCUUCAUCCUCCUCACACUCUCCUUAUGUUAAACCAGACCUCAGACAAUGCCAGUGCCUCAACACUAAAUGGCUACAUAUGCCCAUUGACAAAUGACAGUAGUGGUGACACUAUCAUCAGAUCCGGUGGCAAAGAGAAGCGCUUCCCAUGUUCAUUUUGUGGGAAAGCCUUCAAUUUCCGCAAACAGCUGGAGAUCCACCAGAGGAUGCACACAGGGGAGAAACCAUUCGGUUGUCACCUAUGCCGAGCAAGUUUCUCACACUCGUUCACCCUGAAGAGGCACCAGAGGGUCCACACAGGGGAGAAACCCUACACAUGCCCCCACUGUGAGAAGAGGUUCUCCCACCAGCACCAUCUGAAGAGGCAUUUGAAGGUCCAUACGGGAGAGAGGCCGUUCGCCUGCACUAACUGUGGGAAGAGGUUCUCAGACAGGAGCUACCUCAGGAUACACCAGCAGAAAAACCAUUCCCAUCUAUAACAUAGAAAGUAACUAUUCCACUCGAUAGCUUCUGAUGUUUAGAUCAGACCAUGCAUUAAAGACAAAUGCAUGUUUUGUUGUCAGCAGAAAAGAUCCACAAAUGCAUUUGGAAUAACAAGAGUAAUAGAUUUCAGAUUUUCAUCUAGACUUGUACAGUGCCUUCAGAAAGUAUUCACACCCAUUGACUUUUUUCACAUUGUGUUAUGUUACAAAGUGGGAUUAAAAUUGAUUUAAUUGUACUUU